UUAUAUAGAUAUGGAGAUGGCUAUACAGUGACAUUGCGAAUUGGAGGAGAAUAUCCCGAUCUGGAAGCUGUCUCGGAGUUUAUAAAAAGCUUAUUCCCCAGCGCUGUUCUCAAGGACCAACAUCAUAAUCAGUUGCAGUAUCAGUUUCCAUCUCAAGGCCUUGUUCUCUCCAAAGUGUUUGGUCACAUUGAAGCCAAUCGAAAAAUCUUCGACAUCGAAGACUACUCUGUUUCACAGACAACCCUUGAUCAGGUGUUUAUUAACUUUGCAAAGAAUCAGACGGAUGGCACUGGCGAAGAAUGCGAGGUAGUUCCCAGUUCGCCGUGGGAGUUAGCGGUCAACGAACCGACGUAUUACGAUGAAGACGCCGGGCCAAGAGCAUCGUUUGUCCGUUUGUCCGAUUAUCCUCCUCAGGACGGUGUUGAGGUCUGAUUCACCCUUAAACAGUUAAAAAAAACAACGAAACAUUUGUAAAAUAGCCAAGAAAAAAGGAAAAUCUUCUUCUACUCCUGGCGUUACUUUUUCAAAAUCACCGCCAUUUUAUUCUGACCGACCCCCUAUAAGUUCAAUUCACCAUAAAAUUUAUUAACUGUUCUCACAAAGGAUACAUCCUGGUGACUAGUACAAAAGUUUCCGUCAAUAGAGAUGUCUCUUCAAUGGAGGGGACACGAGGUAAUCGACACAGUUGAAGUAGGAUCAAAGGCUGUGUCCUUGGAUCAAAGGCUGUGUCCCUGGAUCAAAGGCUGUGUCCCUGGAUCAAAGGCUGUGUCCCUGGAUCAAAGGCUGUGUCCCUGGAUCAAAGGUUGUGUCCCUUGAACAAAGGUGUUCCGUGUGUAGAAGUGUCUCAAAAGAGAAGUUUCAUUAUAUACCGAAGACAUUGAAUUGAAUUUGUAGAAAUUAGCUAAAUAGGGUCUGGCGGAUUCUAAGUUUUGCUUUUUACUUAAAUGACCUAUGCCUUUACUUUGAAGUGGCGUAAAUUUUUACCUUUGAACUAAUUCUUUCUUGUUUUCAUGUUCGUUAUUUCCUAGUUUGCCCUUAUAUUUUUCAGUAAAGUAGGCUAGGAUCACUGGAAGCUUGAGGUCUGCCGGAUCUAAGGCAACGAGAUCUCAAUGUAUUGACACUUGAAAGUUUAAGAAAAAGCUUGUAAAAUGUACGUUUGAAAAGAACAGGGUUGCUCUACAACCCAUAAAUCAUUAGUCUUAGUACACUCUUCGUAGAUUUCGAACACAGGUUCCUAGUACACAUCUCGGUAGAAAAUAACAGAGUAUCGCCUGGCAAUAACAGUCUGGACUGUUGUUCUGAUGUUCAGGUUUACCCGUUUUUUUUCUGCAGCGAGAAGACCUGGUAACUACUAGAGUUAUCACAGAUAUAAAUUAGCUACGAGGUUAUUUUGUAAAUGUUUUAUUUUUAGGUAUCUUUAUAUUUGUUGCAAUUGUUUGCCUUGUUGACGAGGAAUUCCUUAUCAUACCAAUGCGUAGUUAGCGAAUACAGGAAACAUUUUCUUUCAAAGAGAAACUUCGUAAGAAUCCUUGUGUUUUGAAACAGCUAGGCCUAAGACUCUUGGAGUCCUCCAAUAAAUUACUUUAAGUUGCAAACA